AUGGAUUUAAUACAAGAUCUGCGUUUUCUCCGAUUAAACGAAAUCUCCGAAGGCUGGGUGGAUGCAGUGUGGGACUUGGAGUUCACAGAAAGAAAGGAAUUUGAUGAUCCUGUCGGAGAGGAGUUGGAAACCCGUGACUCUCAAGAUUUUCAAAAUCUGCACCAGCGUUUGCUUGUCUUUAUUCAGGAGAAUGCAGCAAAUGAACAGAGUGUGUGGGCGAUGCUGCAGGAGAAUGGCAUACCUGUGAAGACUCUGGUGGCUGUGCUUUCCUUUUUCGUCUUUGGUGGAAAGUUCAAAAAUGCAGGUGUUAAGCAGAGAGUCAACGCUCUACAGGCUGCUUCCUUGUAUCUACUGCUUCUUGGAAUGCCAGGAAGCAUUGCCAACAAGGCUUUCCAUGGGGGUUUGUUCGACCUGUGCACCUCCAUUUGGACACACUGCUGGCCCCAAGAGACUGGGAAGAAACGCAAGAAAGUGGCACCUAAAAACUCUCAGGCUGCAGGAAAAAAACCCAAACCACAGCGGAAGUUUGCAGAGAAGGACCUUGAGGAGGGGGAGGAGGAGGAUGAUGAUGAAGAGGAAGAGGAUGCAGCUGAGCAUUUCUCCAGUCAGGACCUGGUGGAGAUUAGAGAGGCUGUGGUUUUGUUGGUUAAGAGCCUUCUCAUCCUCCUACAAACGUUUUCUCUCAAAGAUCUUCCACAAAAUGUCAAUAACAUCACACGGGUCUUCAUUAAACUGUUGUACUUUGAGCCCAUCAUUGGAGAGAUUAACUUUGCAGAACAAGAUAUCAAUAGAAUGAGAAGUGUUCCAGAGAUGGCCUUCCAUGGUCUGCAGCUUCUCUACUCCGCAAAACAUGGAGAUCAGAAACAAACCUUGCUGCGGAUAUUUCACCACCUGCUCUAUGUGAUCCUGAUGAUGACUAAGAACAGAAACCUUAAGCCUACACUCCUGGUUUUGAGCCAGGGGGUCCUCACGACCCGCAAUCAGGCCCUCCAUUUUGUCAGUCAUAUGGUGAAUGAGGGGAAAGAGGAGACUCUGUCAUGUGUCCGAAUCCUCUUGCAGCACAUCUGUGAUCAGAUGGUGGAGAAAUGUGAAUUCCGUAGCCAUGGCGCUCAUGCUGUGAAAACACUCUCCGGACUCUUGUCCAGUUCAGGCUAUGCCUGGUUUGUCAAAUGGCUGUCAGCAUUCUCUAAACAUUCAAAGAUGGUGGGCCGUCUUUUCUCUGUGGAUGUAGUCAUGGCUUUGCUUGAGCAGCCAGAGAGGAGCCCAGAGGGGUGUGACCCUGACCUGGUAAACUAUCUGCCGUACAAAUACCUGAUUCAGGAGGUGUUGUUUGCUCGGAGGAUGGAUGUGUCUCCCACUGUUCAGGGCCAUGCUCUUGCCUGCCUUGCCCAGUGUCUCGAGCUUCCUUCAAUGAAUGCUACCAAAGCUGUGCAAGGUCUCUUCACCACGAUUGGGAGCCAGUCUGGAUUCCAUGCGCAGACAACUGAAGGAAAUUUAACUUCACAUCCGACUUACCGCACGCUGCCCUUCAGGACCAUGGAGCUCAGUAACACUCAAAGCUCUCCCUGUGAAGGAAAAGUGAACUUGGAACAUAUUCUGUCUCGCAUGAAACACCCCAACACAAAUGUGAGGAAGUUGGCAUUGCAGGCUUUGGUGGGGCUUUUGAAACACAAUGUGGUCCCUACAAACUCUGAGAACCUGAGUGUGUUGGCUGCUCGCUGCAGAGAUCCAGCUGUGUCUGUGAAGAAGAAGGCUCUGCAGUGUGUUGGGGAGCUGCUGGCUUUAAAUCCUGGUUGUACGAACGUGCAGAAGGCCUGGCUGGAGGGCGUAUGUUCUGCACUGAUGGACUCUGAGAGCUCUGUGCAGGAGAAGGCUCUGGAGGCUCUGGAGGAGAAGCUCCUCAGUCAGAUCAAGCCGUUCACUAGUGAUUAUCUGGACAUGAACCAAACACUGGCCUGGGAUUUACUGCACCAUCUCUGCCAUGACUGCCACAAACUCAGCCGAUACUUCAGCAAAGCGUUUGAAAUCUGGCACAAGCAAAACCGAUUCACUCCAUCCUUUUUCAACGCACUCACUUCUCACACAGAGGCCCCUCAUGCAGCGGGGGCCUGGUUACUUCUGUCCAAGGUGACGAUGUCAUCCGCCAAACUGCCGUAUGGGAAGGUUUUGGACGCCUGGGACAAAAUAAUGACCAAUUUGAAUGAAGUAAACACAAAAACUCUCUGUAAUGUUCUGUGUGUGAUUGGAGACAUCGCUCCACACUUGAAUCCAGACACACAGGAGCUUAUUAUCAGAGACCUGAUGUCCCAACUGAAGACUUUUACUCUGCCCCUUGAUGUCGUCAAUGCUGCUGUGGAGGCUUUGGUCCAAUAUGGUCGAUCAGAAGAUGUCAAUUUAACACAGUCUUUUCUGAAUCAGCACUGUGGAGAGCUGGUGUCUCUCUGUGAAUCGUUCUUGGCCUCAAUCAUUCUGAAAAAAUAUGGAAAGCAAAACCUGGAUGAGGAUCUCAUGGUUAAGUACUUGCAUACACUGGGCACUGCUUCGGUCAAUUGUCCGGCAAAGAUCAGCAAGAGGACAAUUCUUCUGGUAGAGUCUAUUCUCACCACCAACUCUGACAAACUGGCAGAUGUCCAGGGAGAGUUGCCUGCCUCUUUACCUUUGUCCCAGUUCAGGCAAAAUUCUUUUUCCACUAAAAUCCGAGCACAUGGGGUGCUUACACUUGGUAAACUGUGUCUGCAGCAUGAGGAGCUGGUACAGAAAUACCUACCAGUCUUUGCUCGGGAGCUGGAGGAAGGCACAGAGGUGUCUGUGAGAAACAAUGUGGUGGUCAUUAUGUGUGACCUGUGUAUCCGCUACACAAACAGCGUGGACAACUACAUCCCCAACAUCUCAGCUCGUCUGCAGGACAGCAGCGCCACCAUCAGGGAGAACACCCUCAUCAUGUUGACCAACCUACUGCAGGAAGAAUAUGUUAAAUGGAAGGGCUCUUUGUUUUUCCGGUUCAUAACUGCUUUGGGGGACCCAGUUCCAUUCAUUUCCAAUAUGUGCGAGUACUGUCUGCUAAACGUCCUCCUCAAGAAGAACCCCGACAUGUUCAGCCAACAUUUUAUUGAGUGUAUUUUCUACUUCCACUCCUACACCAAACACAAGUCUUACAACAAGUUCCCUCAAAGUGACAAAGAAAUGCUCAGCUCGUCUUUAAAAGGGCCCCAAAACCAACAGAAACGUUUCCAUAUUUAUCGUUUCUUGCUGGAACAUUGUACAGACGCCCAACGCUUCAACAUCACAAACAAGAUCAACCAGACUGUGUUGGAGUGCUUUGCGGAUCAGGAGCUGCCCCUGGACACAGAGGGAUCAGACCUUUUAUCUGAGAUUUUUGCUGUCCUGAGCCUGAAGGAGAUUAAGCUACAGGCCAUGAAGUCCAAGGCCGCAGCAGAAGGGGAAGACGUGGAGGAGGAGAACAUGGCCAAAGCUGUUCUGGAGGCUGCUCAGAAGAAAGUAGUCUCUCAGGUCCAUAAGAGAGUGCUGGUUGAACAUACAGUACCCCUGAUAAUCAGCUUGAAGCACCGCCUUGAGCAGAAUCGCUCUCCUGUGCUCAAGGACCUUAUGGCCUACUUGCAGGUGAUCAUGCAGGACUACAAGAAUGAAGUGAACACGAUCUUUGCCGGUGAUGAGCAGCUGGCUUCUGAAUUGGAGUUUGCUCUGAAGGAGGCGGAGAGACUGGAAGGAAUGGUAGAUCUUAUCGAGACGUGCAGCAUCCAGCAAGUUCCAAAGACCCCGACAGCAGCACAGAGUGCUCCUCUUGCGUCUCCUGCCAGACCGCCACUUGUUCUCCCACUCAGAUUUGCAACACCACAACCUCCUCAAAGAAACACUCUAUCCUCACUACUGCCUUUGAGUGAGAGGCGUCCGAAUACACUCCUGAGACAGAAGGAUCAGAAGCGCUCUAAUUAUCUGGAAGAAACCGUUAUAGUUAAAGGAGGUGUGGACACAAGAGCGAUCAGCACUCCCAUAGGUGUUGCAAAUAUGAACCUAACUUUUGAUGGACAGGUCAGCGUCAUCCUCAGUGAGAAAGGCACAAGUUCUGUGGAUGAGAACAAUGUUGUGUGUGUGCUCCCCAGUGAACAAAAUGCAUCACGGGUGAAGCAGUGGAACAUUCAGUCUCCUCUUCGCAAGAGUAAGAGGACUCCUCUACAGGACGAAUAG